AUGCCAUAACAAAAUCUGGAGACAGAUAGAAGGCAAGAAAAUGGCACAAAAGCCAGACAACCGUGUCCAUCUAUUCCGUUUGCAGAUAAUAAUUAUAGAUGGAGGCCUCCUAGUGCUAAGACAUAUAAUUGACCAAACCCUGACUGCUCAAGGCGUAACUCUAAGUACAUGUUUGAAUAACGAAAAGGCAACAAUUACACGUUUGAAAAGCCGUGGCGUUAUAACACAGGUACAACAUGACAUAUUGUUUCCAACGGGUGGCCAAGCCCCAACUACGUCAGAGAUGGACUUCACGCUUAUCAUAUGUCUUCUGAGAUGCUUGAAGUGUUUUGGAUUGAAUAAGAAAUUUGACUGGAACACAAAACCCAUUUCAACCGAUUUAACAAUUGAGGCAGAUAUAUGUCGGCUAAAAGCAUAUCGAAAUGAAAUAUGUCAUCUACCUACAACAACUGAAAUACAACCUCAUGAUUUUGUAACUUGGUGGAAUGACAUUGAGCAGAUACUUGUUCGACGAAGUUCUUCAGCUCUUAACAUCCAGCAAGCAAUUGCCAAUUUCAAAACCUGUCCACUAGAUCCGGAGGAAGAGAAAAGAUUACAAGAAGAAGUAAAAAGGUGGAAGGACUAUGAAGCCGAUGUUGAUCGAUUGAAUGAGGAAAUGAAAAAAAUGCAAACAGAUGUUAUUGAAGUGAAGAGAGAAGUACAAGCAAAGUUUACUGGUGUGGAGAAAAAACUCGAGGCGAUAGAAAAACGACAAGGUGCAGAGAAAAGUAACGAAGGUGUCCCUCCAAUACAGACAGUGGAGGAAAAAUAUCAAAAUCGCAAGAAAGUUUGAAAGACUUCCCCUUAAAUUUUGUGUAUUGACUGUAAUGAGAAGAAAAUAGUCCGACAAGACAACCGUAAAAAUUCGA